AACACAGCGGGAGAGACUUACCCGCCAUCCCAAGCAUAGACAACAUGAGGACCUUUGUGUGUUUGUUGUUAGCAGUGGCGAGUUGCAGGGCCGGUAUAAUACAAACAGGAGGGUGGCACGGCCUAAGUGGUAUAUCAGGUCAUGACGGCGGAGACAGUGGCUCAGCAGGCGGAUACGACUACGCGCCUUCUAGUGGAGGUCACGAUUUAGGGGGAGGACAGAGUGGACAUGACUACACGUUAGCACUUACUCAAGGAUCUGGUGGGCACGAUUUCUCUGGAGGAUCUGUAUCUGGACACGAUCUAGGGUCGCAAGGCGGUUUUGAAGGACAUGGAGAUGUAUCUUCUUUUGGAGGACACAGCAUAGGAGGCGGAGACUCAUAUUUACAAGCGGCUCAUGAUUUAGGAGGCCAAGAUUUUGGACAUGGAGGCCAAAGUUUUGGUGAUGGAGGCCACAGUUUCGGACAUGGAGGCCAAAGUCUUGGUGAUGGAGGCCAAAGUUUCGGGCAUGGAGGCCAAGAUUUUGGACAUGGCCAGAGCUUGAUCAGCUAUGGAGGUGACUUCGGUGGUCAAGAAGGUGAACAUGGCGGUCACGGUGGUGACUCGGGCGGUCAUGGUCAAGGCUUCGUUCUUCAAGAUGGCGGCCAUGAUUUCGGCGAUGGCGGUCAUGCUGAUCACGGUAUCCCUGUGGGCGAACACGUCGAUGUUGAAAGUCCAGUUACUAUACCCUUGUACAAACAUGUUGCUGUCCCAAUUCAUAAGCCAAUCCAUGUUAAUGUACCAAAACCUAUUCUUGUGGGUGUACCCCAGCCCUACCCAGUCAAGGUACCAGUAAACAAGCCUGUCCCUGUCCCAGUUGAGACUGAAAUUUCAAUCCCUAUUGAGAAGGUCGUACCUUACCCAGUAGUGAAGCAUGUUCCUUAUCCAGUGGAGAAACACGUGCCAAUAAAGGUGGAGAAGACAGUCACAGUUCACGUACCCCAGCCCUACCCCGUCAAGAUCCCUAUCUACAAGACCAUACACCAUCAUAAAGACCAUUGAGGUCUGAUUUGGUAUUGGUUAUAGGAUUGAAUGGAUGAAUGUGUGUGUUGUUGUUUACCGUGCCUUGUAAAUAUUGUUGUUUAA